AUGUCUAGCUCAAGUGAGGUAACAGAAUUUAAUGCCGUAGAGAAGUUAGCGUUACCUACAGAAGGGGUAGUCCAAGCAAACAGUAAUCUAUCAGCAGUAGAUAAUAAUAAUGUAAAUAGCAUAGUCGCAGGUUCCAUCCAAGAGCAGCAAACGCAAAUCCCCAGAGUCCGAACUUUGACAGAGGGAGGCCAGGCCUAUCAAGAAGAUCGUCAAAGAGAGCGAGAUAAAGAAGAAGAUCAGCUAAUAAAGAGAUUCCACGAAGCCUUUGACGCAUGGAAAGCGCAAGCCUCAGACAUCGAGCGGUAUAUUGCUGAUCAGCUCCCACUUUCACAAACUGACAAAGACGAAAAUAUUCUCCGCUUGAAGGAUCUCCACGUCAGUGCUCUAAUGAUAUACAAGAAGUUACGGAAGUUUCGGCCUCCUGACAAGAAAUUCCCCAAAAGAUAG